AGCCAACUCACCAAAAUCGAACGUUAGAAAAAACUCAAAUUCUGAAACACCCUUCCAUCUUCCAAGUUCCAACUCUCGGCAAUGCCCGCUCUCAGGAAGAGAAACCGCGAACGGGAUUCGUCUCGUGCUUCCACUGUCACCAAUAGUCCUGCGAGCCAUGAUCACCAACACCAAAUGUUGGAGUAUGAGCUCAGCAGGGAGCAAAGAAUCCGAGAAAACCAAGAAAGAUUGGGAAAGCUUGGUAUCUUGGAUCUCUCCCUCAAGCUCAAAUCCUCUAACCUUCCUUCUAAGCGCACUCGAUCCUACACCCCCAAAACCCCUCCUACUCUACCCCCACCUGGUCCUGUUCGCCGUUCCUCCAGGUUGCAGAAUGUGACUCCUGUUAGUUACUCUGAGCCGCCUGUGAAGAAAUCUGAGUUUCGGGAUCGUCCGAAGGUUGUGAUCCAGGAGGGUUCGAAGCCUGAGGUGUACACUGAAGAACACGAGAAGCUGUUGGGUAAUACUGAUAAGAGUUGGACUCUGUUCGUGGAUGGUGUUGGGAAAGAUGGAAAACGGAUUUAUGAUUCCGUACAAGGGAAGACAUGCCAUCAGUGCAGGCAAAAAACUCUUGGUUAUCGUACCCGCUGUAACACAUGCAACUUGGUCCAGGGGCAGUUUUGUGGAGAUUGCUUGUAUAUGAGAUAUGGUGAGCAUGUACUUGAAGCAUUGCAGAAUCCAAAUUGGAAAUGCCCAGCUUGUCGUGGAAUUUGCAAUUGUAGCUUAUGUCGUCAAGCAAAAGGAUGGGCCCCCACUGGCUCUCUAUAUAGAAAGAUAUCAGCAUUGGGUUACAAAUCAGUUGCACAUUACCUCAUCCAAACCCGGCGCGCUGAUAAAGAUGUGGAGAAAAGUGCAGAUUCCAACUCGAUUUCAGCAAAAAGGUCACUACCUUUCUCUGGUGUAGAGGUCAAUGAGUCUAUUGAGGUCAAAGAGACUCCUGUUGGAUUAAUGAAGCCUCUAGCUAAUACUGAGAGCGAUGGAGAUGAAGUUUUGACAAAAAGAUCGUUGCUGAAUCAUGUACCAUUCAAUGAGUCUCUUGAGGUCAAAGAGACUCAUGUUGAAUCACUGAAGCCCGUAGCUGAAACUGAGAGUCAUGUAGCUGAAGUUUCAGCAAAGAGAUCGUUGCUUUUCUCUGAUGUACAAGAUCAGGUUGAAAAAGUUGAGUGUUCAUCUACCAUGAAGCCACUUGGUUCUUCAUCCAGGCCUUGCUCAGACAGCAUUGCUGGAAGACUUAGGUCCAGGCUCAAGAAACCCUGAUGCCCCCCUCCCUUUCUUUCUUUUUUGGAAUGUAAUAUGUAUGCCUGAUUUCUAAGGAACAAUAUUUCGAAAAUCAGGAAUCUUGGAACAUUGCUGAAAUGGAAAAACCUUUUGUCAUGGACUCAAUUUUAUUUUUAAAAGGGUAGUAUUGUUAUACGCCUUCAAUGCUUAAGU